AUGGCGCCACAGUGGAAGGCCAACCUCACCUGCCGGCGGUACUUUGAAUCGAUUGAGUUCUCCAUUCUCUGGGGCCGCGGCGGGUGCGGCUACAGCGACCUGUGGCCGUGGACCGUCCGCGGCACGCUGGACGUCUACCCGCCCCACCCGCAGGACAGCCAGUGGGGGGUCGACUGGUCGGGGUCCCCGGAGGACCGCGAGCGGUAUGCGUUUAUCUGUGCCCGAGUGGCCGCAAGCGACUGGCCGUCGUUUGUGCACGACGACGCGUUUGUCGCGCUCAACAAGCACGCCGGGGAGAUGAGCCUGCCCGUGUAUCAGGAUCGCCUGGAGGAGUGCUUCAAGGCGCACAUUGUUGCGGGAAAGGACUUUGAUGUCGAUACGGGGGAAGUGCUGGACACGGGGCUGUAA